AUGGCUUCUACACAGGUCAACAGUCCUAUGGACAGUACAGUCAAGACCAAAGACGUCGAACGCAAGCUACAAAUCUAUGGCAUUAUAUUGGCUUUACAGGCAGGGAAGAUUCCAUCUAACAAUCAGAUUGACAUAGCUCUUAAUAGUUUUCUCGCAAGCAAAGCUUUAGUGAACCCAUCUCCAGAGAUUUCACCACUCGGUCAUGAUUUAAUUGACGAUGUUCGUAAUGUCAUGGAACAGUCGAAACUUUUGAUUCUUACCAAAAAUAAAGGCGAUUUAAUUCAAAACUUCAUCUGGCAAUCGCAAUGUGUUCAAAUUAGUAAAGAUUCUGAUCUUGAGGCUCCUGUUGAUAAGGAAUCAGCGAAACAACACGGUCAGAAGGCCUUGGAUGGAUUUCGAACACUAGGCAUGCUUAUUAUUUCCAACGGUCAGUUUAGGAAGCUUUUGAAUGACGCUACAAUAAUUUUUCGUGAUAUUGCUGGUGAUACUGCUCAAAAAGCUGUUGAAAUGAUUAAUCCAACUGAUGAUCAAUUAUCUCAAUUGGAUAAACCUGCGGACCAGAACACCUGGCAUGACGCUCCAAAUUUGUCUGCUAAUAAUAUUAAACAACAGAUAAUGUCAACAUUUACGAAAAAGGCACCGCUUGAUCACACUGAUAUUCAAGAUGCCGUAGGUAGUGCUGCCCACGCUAGUCACCCGGAAGGCGACCAUGAUAUUGUAAAUUCUACUGGUCUUAGGCAGGAUCAAAGAAGCAGUACGCCGACAGUAUUAAACGCACAGGCUCGUGUUCAUAACGCCACUACAAAUUUAACAGAUAAACUUGCAAGUAAUAUUCCCGAGGAGUCUAGAGAUAAAGCUCGAGACCGACGCGAGCGAGGUAAAACCUAUAUUUCUGGUAAAAUAUCCCAGGAGCGCCGUGAUCAGACAAUUUUCCGCCUUAAAAAGCUUGUUGUCGAGUGUCAAGGCCAUCAUGACUAUCAAGAGGCCAUUACAACGCUUCUUGACUUAGCUCAAAAUUACACUGCUCAUGCUAAAGAUUUAACUCAGCAGGGGUCCAGUAAUGUGAAGGGUGAUCAUAAUAACGAUGAGUUAAGACAAAUAGAAGCUAACUUGAAGAUCCUUAUUGAGCGGUUUGCAAAUGGUACAUCCAUGAACGAACUGUUUCGUGCCAUUAACACUAUUUAUGUGGACGCAGAUCACGAUUCUGAGUUGAAAAAUUGGUUCAAACAUAUUAAUUUCUUUGUGCGCAAGUGCUUCGAGAAACAAGGAUUUAUUAUGGACGAUGCAGCUACUGAAGAGUGGAACGCAAUUUAUGACAGCGGAAAUUUUCUCCUACGAGAUCGGUAUCGAAAUCAUACAGACCAAGUAAUCAGCGAGCUUAAAUUCCUAGCCGAUAAAUUUGAUGAAGAUCCUCAGAAUAAAAGUUUUGCCCAGUCCAUGUCAAAUCUUUUUAAUGAUCUCGGUAAUGAUGAGAAUGGGAAACCGACUUUCAAGCCAGAGCUCUUGAAGGAUUUAGCAGAUGUUAUUCUCCCUGCUGCCUUCGAGAACAUCAGAUAUGUGCCAGUACCUCGUAUUGAAUAUUCUGAUCCUACUGUGGACUUUAUUAUUGAAAACCUUGUACUAGAGUCGGACAAUUUCUUUCCGAACAUCUUUGAGUUUACCAACGAUAAUUACUUCAAAUGGGGUAGGAAAAAUGUCUCUAACCGUAGUAAGCAUUCGGCGUCUCUACACGUUGCAGGUAUUCAGAUGGAUCUAAGAGAUGUCGCUUUUUAUCUCAAGAAGAAGACCUUUCCAAAUAUUAGCGACGUUGGCGCGGUUGAUAUUUUUCUCGGAGGAACUGGAUUCAGCUUCACCAUGAAGAUGUCAUCAACUGAUCACAAAGAUAAACAGAAUUUUUUCAAAAUUGACAAAGUUGAUGUCGAUAUCAAAAACUUCAGAAUUAAAAUAAAAAACUCUCAACACAAGCUUUUAUUCAGCAUUGCAAAGACAUUUUUGCUCAAAGCAAUACGCUCUGCUCUACAAAAAGCUAUAGAAAAAAAUAUUACAGAAACAGCUCUUCGCCUGGACUCUAUCAUGUAUCGGGUUAAGCUUGAAGCCGACCAAGCUGCACAGGGCCUGAAAGGAGAUCCUGGACAGGCCCCCAAUGUCUACCAACGAUACUUUUCUGUAAUAAAAAAUCAGUUUUUUCAUGGGAAACGCCAAUUCCAGUCGGGAGCUUCAGACACUAAGGUAAAUAUGGCAGUAACAAAGCGCGACUCUAUCUUUCCAGAAAUUCACCUGCCAGGUGGGAUUAGUUCUAAGGCUACAGAGUAUAAAGACCUAGCUCUCAAGGGUGGGACAUGGGAAUCUUCUAUUUUUAAUUUGGGAUCAGCUUCAUUGUCAGAAGAUGUUCCUACGGCUCCUAACAUAUCUCACGUCAGUCGUUCAGUUGCAUCAGAUUGCGACCAUGGAAAUAUUAAAUCCUACCAAAAUUCGCAUGAUAUUUCUCACCCGAUGGCAACAAGUCAUCCACUUAAUCAUUAA